AUGAGUUUUGAUGAAAUUGACAAGACUUUCGGAACCAAGAACCGCGAUCAAGGAUAUGAUUUGCUCAAAACGCGACUCGACAAAGGUGAUCGUUUGGUGGAAAUCUUGUGAAGACCUACUCAAGUUUGCUGAAGAAGCUGUCCAGAAGAAUCCAAACCAUUUCAAGGCAUUGAAGUGGAAUGCUGUGUUGACUGGACAAGCGACCGAAUAUAUGGCAACGAAAGAAAAGUUGGAAUGUAGUAAGAAGUUCAAGGAAUUGCUCGACAAAGCUCUUGCUAAGGAGCCAAAGGAUACGGCUCUUCUCCAUUUGCGUGGCCGCUACAAGUACUCGGUGGCAUCUCUGACAUGGCUUGCGAAGAAGCUUGCUGUCACGUUCUAUCAGCAACCACCAUCACAUUCUUAUGAAGAGGACAACGAGGAUUUCCUGGCUGCUUUUAAGGUCAAUCCAAAAUGGAUGAGAACACCUUUUAUCUGUCCAAAUGCUACGUGGCAAUUAAAGACACGAACAAUGCCCACAAGUACCUCACUGAAGUGUGCGACAUCGAACCGUAUCCCGACGCUGAACAGGAGUUUGUCGAUGAUGCAAAGAAGAUGUUAUCUAAGCUUUAAGC